UUCACAGAAUGUUUCAACUCCACAGAAGGCCCUCCCUGCCUUGCCUGUUCUUGCUCAACUGCCUUUUCAUGCUACUUAAGUCUUACAACCCGCGAAAAGCUCCAACAUUUCACUCAGGCCUCAAAACUUGCCUUCAGCCUCACAUCUCUCGGGCAACAAGUAGCCUAGGCAUCAGGUAACGCCAGGAAGAAGAUUGAAUUGCCUUUGCGACCGUGGAGGGGUUACCACAUGAAACUGAGAAGCCAGAAGACAAAUAAGCUGAUCCAAAAAGCAAAGGGCAACAGGGAUGUGUUACAGUGCCUCUUCUCAUUGUGAAAUGUCUCUGGAGACAGAGCAACAGAUGAGCUUUGCCUUGUGCUAGGAGUAGCCCUUUUGUGUUUUGCUGUGUUGUGCGUCAGAGCAAACGUGUCAUCUCCUUCAAGUCUGCUGGCAAGAUUCAGCAUCCCGAAUGCCAUUCCAACCCCGGAUAAUCGCCUUCUGCAUGGAGAUUGAAAGUUCUCCUCAUGGUUACGUGAGGAUUCUCCGAGUAAGAGGCUUGCAGAGAUGUUAUAGUUCAAUUUUUUUUCUGCGAAGAGCACCCCACCCCAUCAUCAUGGAGCAAAACAACAGUUUAGAGGACAACUCCAGCAUCGACUGUGAGCCAGUGACCUCUGACACUGUGGACAACAUCAGCAUGAUCUUCAAGGAGCUGCAUUCAGUAAUGGAUGAUAAUAUAGUUUUCUACAAGCAGCAAAACUCUACUGAGACCACCCAGCGCUGUGUUAAGUUGUUUUCUAGAGUUAAAGAUCUUGCCCGCUUACUGGAACCCAUGUUAAAAAGUUUCUCAGAGUUCUACCAUGUCUUCGACUUUGAUGUGGACACACCUGGCAAUGGCUACCGUAGCCUCACAAAGGUUGUUCUCUCAUUUGUCCAUCACAUGGUGGAAUGUGUGCGCCGACUGUCAGACCAGCGAUUUCGCAAAGAACGCAAAGCAAUGAAGAUGGAGGUGUACUGCUCAGCCUUGGAGCAGCUCUCUGUGAUGGUCAGCUUUGCCUGGCGUCUGCUCAAUGCCAAUCCAAAAGGUCAGCUCUUCUUCAAGGAUGACCAAGCCCUUUCUGUAGCAUUCGUUGAUGAGUACUUUCAUAUGAAGAGGGCUUGCUUCUAUGGCCGCUGCCUUGGAUUCCAGUUCAAUCCAGCCAUCAAAACCUUCCUCAAAGCAAUAUGCAUCGCUUUUGUGUCGUUUGAAGGCAACUAUGAGAAACAUCAUCAUGCAAUCAGUGUAGCAGCAGGCUCUCUCCUCUCCAGUGGGAAAUACGCCAUGGAUCCAGAGCUUUGUGGAGAAAAGUUUGAGGAAAUUACUAAAGACAUAAAUGUGCAGCUUUUAAAAGGAUUCUGGAACAUAACUGAAACAGAGGCACUAGCAGCGAUAGCUAAAAUCUCCUCCGUCCCUGUUCAUGUGAACAAAGAGAUUUCCUUUCUUCCAGAAAGCUUCACUUUACCUUUGACCUCAACAACUAGCCAGUAUUUGACUGUACCAGUACCUUUAACAUAUUCUGGACGAGCCCCAAUCCAGAUGAGACUGAUCUCACACAAGCUUCUUGAAGGACAGGAAAGUCAGGAAUUGAACAAUUUAGUCAAGUCAUCAGGCACCUCUGCCAAAGCUGAAAGGAAAUUAAAAAAAGACCUAGCACCAAAAUCAAAGCAUCUUGUAGUGCAUUUUCAUGGAGGUGGAUUUGUUGCACAUACUUCUAAGUCACACGAGCCCUAUCUAAAGAGCUGGGCACGUGACUUGGGUAUCCCAAUUCUGUCUGUCGACUAUUCCUUAUCCCCUGAGACCCCAUUUCCAAGAGCACUAGAAGAAUGUUUCUAUGCCUAUUGUUGGGCUCUUAAGAACUGCAGCAUGCUGGGAUGGACAGGAGACUAUGUUUGUCUAGCUGGAGAUAGUGCCGGAGGGAACCUCUGCCUCACUGUCUCACUGCGAGCUGCAGCCUGUGGAAUCAGGAUACCUGACGGGAUCAUGGCAGCAUAUCCAGCCACUUUGCUGAAGGCUACUCCACUGCCAUCUCGUCUGCUAGCCACAUUUGAUCUUCUGCUGCCUCUAAGCGUGCUAAUGAAGUGCCUUGGUGCAUACACAGGAUUAGACCCUCUGAAUUCCAACAUCAUCCACCCGCAGCUGGACAAUUCCCUGGAGGAAUACUAUCAGUCUCCAUUGCUUGCUCCUGACCAUGUCCUCAAAGGCUUACCUCCUGUUCACAUUGUGGCUUGUUCACUUGACCCUCUUCUUGAUGACUCUGUGAUGUUUGCCAAACGCCUGCGUGCCAUUGGGCAGCCAGUAACCCUCAGCAUUGUGGAAGGCUUGCCACAUGGGUUUAUCGGACUUGCUAAGUUUUCCAAGGAGGUCAAGGACUCCGCUAAAAUAUGCCUGGACAGAAUGAGGGAAGUGCUUCACCUGCAGCAGCCAGCCCAGUCGGAAACGAAAUGAAGCUGAAUGCCGACUUAGUCUUGGUGCCCACUUGGUGGACUUCAGAAUUCCUCACUACUGCUACAGAGACGCCAGUGCUGCAUAUUUUUAGGUGCUGGAAAGUAUCUCAGCACUUGUAUGGCUCUCAUUGUUUGGUAUAUCGUAUUUUGGAUGUUACAGGUACAGUACUGUUGUUAUUUUUCCAUUCAUAUUCCCACCACCAUGUAGGUGCAAGCAAUGUGGUUCAAGUAAAUGUCACUACCAUGUCAUGCUGCUGUUGUCAAUUUCGGUUUAUUUAUUUCAUUAGUUUUACUUGCUUCUGUGGUCAUAAGUUAUAUUAAAGAAACUAAUGCAAAUAAUAGUUUAAUUGAUCAAGGCCGUUAAAAACACUCACGCUAUAUAUAUG